AUGAUUGCAACAGCUCAUUUUGUUGUAGAUGCCGCCGGUAAAUUUCCAGGUGGUGCAUUAGGCAUCGACUUUGGUAAUACUACUUCUUCUGUGGCUGCAAUGACUUCAGGGUCUCCCCAAAUACUUCUGAAUGAUAUAUUUCUUGAGUCGACGCCGUCAUGCGUGCGGGUACUGAGCAAGGAUGACGUCACUGUAGGCACAUUGGCGGAACGUUCAUCAUUGAUGUAUCCAGACUGUACCAUUAGAAAUGUUAAGAAGAUUCUUGGAAUGCCAUGUUCUGAAAUACUUGCAAAUAAUGUUUCUAUCACAUCAAAAGAGGCUGCUGGUUGGAUUUUGAGGGAGCUAAAGCGCAUUGCUGAGCAAAAAUUAAUUCAAUCAGAAAGAGCUGUGAUAGGUGUACCGUCGUACUUUAACAAGGAACAACAGUCUUCACUUGUCUACGCAGGUUCACAACAACAUCUGCAAUGUGGAGGGAAGGUGGAAAAUUUUGAGGAACCUCCAUUUUUGAGGAAAACUCCCCAGAUCUUGCAUCAUAUUUUGAAGGAGCUCCUUACAAAAUCGUGCAACAUUGCGGGCUUUACCUCGGUAAAGCUGGUCAAUGAAACUUCUGCUGCAGCUGUCUGCUAUUCAUCUAAAAUUGAAAUGUUGGAGCAUAUUGGAAUCGUUGACAUUGGUGGAGGCGGUGGCUCUGUCGCGGUUGCCGAGGUAUCGAAGAACAACGUGCGCGUCUUAGCUUCUUCCGUUGUCCAGCUACCUGGUGGCGAAGACAUCAAUGAAAGAAUGUGUAUCUACCUCCUAAAAGAAAUUUCGUCAGUUUACGGAGUGCACUUGACCAGCAAGAGGGACUUGGAGACACUACGUCUGAAAUGGGAAGAGGCAAAACAGAAGCUAUCCCGCAAUGCUCAAUGUAAUAUCUCGUGCUACUUCUCAGAUAUUGAACGAGAUGUUGAACUUUCAGUAACGCGAGAGACAAUGGAAAAUGAAAUUUCUGAUAUAAUCGGAAAUGUAACCACAGAGCUCAUGCUAACCAUCAAGAAGUCCAAGGUCACGGUGAUCAACACGCUUGUGCUAUCGGGCUGCUCAACUCGAGUGCCUAAAUUGCAAGAAUCCCUACGAGCGGCUCUUCCUGGUACCAGACUUUACCGUGGGAUUCAUCCAGAAAAGUGUGUAGCUGAAGGAGCCGCACUUUUGGGUGCUGGCCUUGUCACCUUGAGAGACUGCGUUCAAGUGAACGAAUCAGUCAGUGUACAGUCGGAUGUAACAACAACUUCGAAGCGUGGCAAAAAGAAUUCUAACCAGGAGUGGCUGAAUAAAACUACUGUUGACAACUAUAUCUGUGCUAAUUUUAAUGGAUAUGCUGGGUUUGAUGCAAAGUUCGAAAAAGGUGGUUUGAACGAAGCUUGCAAGGAAAUUGCUGCGGAAUUGUUUAAGCGCUGUUACCAAGUUGAAUGCGACAAAGCAAAAUUGGACUGUGGAAAAUCUUUUGUGAAGAUGUGCAUUUAUAACGCUAGGAAAAGUGGUGGCCCUACAACUGAAAAUAUCAGUACUUCAUUUUCAAAUAAGCUGGAAAAACAACCCGACGAAAAUGAAAAUGUGGAGAAAACAAACACAUUUGACGAGAAAUUCAAGCCACCUGGAAUAAUAAACGAAGGCCAGACAUGUUAUUUGAAUGCUUCCCUGCAGUGCCUUUUUUCCGUGAAAGAAAUUGUGGACGCUCUGAACCAAUGGUGCCCAGGGCCCAACCCCACCGAAAACCAAUCCUUCUGUGCUUCACUAAAACUAGUUUCUGCCAAGUGGAAGGACUCGUCCGAGCUGAUAUCUCUCAAAUGUAUGAAAAAAGACUUUGAGAGCGUGAUUGAAAUGGAAUUCAAUAAACAGAAUGAUGCACAGGAAUGCUUCUCAAGAAUUUGCUCUGUAUUGAAUCACGUGCUUGCAUCAUCUAAAGUAUUUGUCGUCAGGGAAACCUUUGAAGGAAUUCUCCGAAGGCAAAUAACGUGCCUUGAAUGUAAGACAUCGCGGUACGGAUCAGAAGACCCUUUCUGGAUGUACCCCGUUGGUAUAGUCAAAGACGGAUCUUUGUCGCCGAACGACACCGGCUAG